CUCGGACUGCAUUUCCGUUAAGUUUUUAGUUGCGGUAGAAUUACUUACUGUAUCCUAGCUUUCGGGCUUUUGUUAUAGUUGUUGGACGCUCGGAAGUUUCUAAAAUGAGUGAAAUCAAUCCAAGCGUUUUAGCUCCAACCGUAGACAACAGCGAGGACCAAGACUGGGCUGCGGCCAAAGCGCUUUUUGACAGUCUCAAAACUAAAGCACCGCGACCCCCCAAACCCCAGUUUGCUGUAACCAUCGCCGUGUCGUCUCGCACCCUCUUCAACAUGGUGGCAGAGAGGAAGCUCUACAAGCAAGAAGGAGUGGAGAAGUAUGUAUCUUUUCAAGUUGAACAGGAGAACGAGCCACUGAAGCCGGGGGCUGCUUUCCCCUUCGUUAAGGCGCUGAUGAAUGUUAAUUCGCGGCUGAGGGAGCUCUACCCAGACAGCGAGGAACUGUUUGACGUAGUUUUAAUGACUAACAACCAUGCCCAAGUCGGAGUGCGGCUCAUAAACAGCAUCAAUCACUAUGGUUUGACCAUAGAGAGAUUCUGCAUGACAGGAGGAAAAAGUCCUAUAGGUUACCUGAAGGCAUACAUGACUAACCUUUAUCUCUCCAAAGACUCAGAGAAAGUCACAGAGGCCAUAGAGGAAGGAAUUGCUGCAGCUACAAUGUUCAUGCCAGAAACAGAGAGCGACCUGAGCGACACUCAGCUCAGAGUAGCAUUCGAUGGCGACGCCGUCCUCUUCUCAGAUGAGUCAGAGAUCAUAGUGAAGCAGCACGGCCUCGACACUUUCUUUGAGCAUGAGAAGAAGUACGAGAACAAGCCUCUAGCUCAGGGCCCUCUUAAGUGUUUCCUGGAGGCUCUCGGGAAGCUCCAGAGAAAAUUCUAUGCCAGGAAUGAGCGUAUGUCCUGUCCCAUCCGGACCUUCUUGGUCACGGCCCGCAGUGCUGCCAGCUCUGGGGCUCGCGUCCUGAAGACCCUCCGCAGCUGGGGCCUGGAGAUCGAUGAGGCCCUUUUUUUGGCUGGAGCUCCUAAAGGGCCCCUGCUGCAGAAGAUCAAACCGCACAUCUUCUUUGAUGACCAGAUGUUCCACAUUGAGGGGGCCAAGGAACUGGGAACAAUAUCCGCACACGUGCCCUAUGGAAUUGGACAAAAGUACCACAAAGGAAAACUCAUCGAACAGCCUGAGAAGAAGGAUUAAAGUAAUAAUGGUUCAUAUGAAAUAAGCACUACGUUAUGGUGUCCCCCGCAUAGGAGGAAAUCUGCUCCAGAUUAGAUUCAUAAAAAUUAUAGACUUAAAAAAACAAUCUGUUUAUCAAAGAUUUAAUUAAUUGGCAAUGGAACCUGGAAGCUUUUCUUUCAUUCUGUUAUACAGCGUAUAAUUACUGAAAGGAAAACAUAUUAUCACUGCAAGUUUUACAAAAGGAAUCAUGCAGUGUUUCACUUAAUGCUGAAUAGGAAGAAGAAAUUAUUUUUACUUUUUAACAUUAUCAGUUUACGCUUUGAAAGUCUGCUGGUCCGAGGAACAAUUUUUUUUCUUUUUCAUAACAGUUUAUCUAAUUUUCUUUAUUCACAUGUCUCAUGUAAACACAUUUUAUCAUAUUCAUUUGAGGUUUUAGCCCUUUUUACAUAUGUCCUAUUUUUAUACAUAAAUAAAUUAUGUAUCUACUUUGGUUAUUAUUAUCAUCAUACACAUACCAGGCAGGUAAAAACUGCCAGUUCCAUUAUUUAUUUAUUUUUUCACAUUUAAUGGAACUUAUUAUAUCUAAAAAGGGAGAUAUACUAUCAGGGUAGAACUGCUGUGGCCUUUAAGAAACACUGAUGCUGUCUUUGUGUCGCUGUCCCUGCACAAACAAAACUUUUAUACUUUGAUGUUGGAUUAACUACACGUGUAUGUCUGCAGAUUGCAUGGUUCAUACUAAAGGAAAAUGCAAAUAUGUGCAUUACAAAAAACAGUCAUGGUUACAAUCAGUUUGUAAAUGUGGAUGAUACGUCUGUAUUUUGUAUUGAAUGUUCACACGGUGCUUUCUCUUUUGCACAUUACAACUCUCCUAUUUUUAGAUGUUUUUACACGUGCACUGCAGUCCUAGUUGUAGGAGCAUCAGAGCGCACUGAACUCAGACCCUGAUUGGUUAAAUAAAAGAAUGUAGUGGAAACCCAGUUACUGAUUUGUAAGUUCAGAAAAGUAACAGUAAAAGUAUUUUAAUUAAAUAUUUAAAUUUUUAAUGUACUUAGCCUUUUGUGCCUUCUGAUAUAAAUAGAAUAUAUACAUAUAUAUAUAUAUAUAUAUAUAUAUAUAUAUAUAACAUGAUAUAUGAGCGAUAAUGUUCUUUUAUUAGCAUUAUUGUUUAUGGCACCUUCAUUGUUUAUAUAAGCAUCAUGUGACUGUGUCCCCUUGUACUGUUUACUGGGGGAAGCUACCUUUUUAAAGAAAAUAAAAAUGUAUUUUUCCCCUCUUAUCUGUGGACUUUUUCUCUCAAAAGUCAUUUUAACCAAAUUUCUCACUGGAAACUUCUUUAUCCCUUUAAACAAAAUACGUGCAUUGACCACAUUUCACAAAAAUCAUCAACUUGAUAAUCAUACUGUUGGGAAAGUGCCU